AUGGCCUCUCCGACGAGGUCAGACUUCCCAAAGUUCUUAGAUGGCGACGUCCUGAUAAUCAUUUCACCAACCCAAUACUACAAGCUGCACUCCCAAGUGCUCUCGGCCCAUUCCUCCUUUUUCGCUGAUCAGAUCGGAUCGGAGCCAGGACCUCGCCUGACUGCGCAGGCUCGCCGGGACAACGCAGCGGCUUACCGUUUUGAAUUCAAGCGGUCGCUGGCUGAAAACCAGUUUGGCGAAUUCACCCGCGUGGAUAUCAAUGAAGCUGGACGGGUUGUAAGCCCCAGCAAGCAUGUCCUGAUGCCCGACCUCGAAAAUGGAAAGGCAGCCGAUAAUACGAACCGCGCUUGGGACUGGCUCUUUGGUAUCUUCUACAACCGUGAGCCGGUUUUUGACGACAGCAGCUUGGCCACUGUCCUCUCCUGCGUCAUUUCUCUCAUUGAAUGCGCCGAGAGUAUCGGGUCACUCGACCAUGUCCGCGACGUGGUCGAUCUCGCCUUGAUGCGUCAAGACAAUGUUCUUUGGACAUCCAUCUUGGGUAAUCCGCACGUCUGGAUUGAGCUCGGCCGUCGUGUUCGAUCCCCCGCAAUCUACAGUGAAGCAGCCAUCCAUCUCGUCGGCCAAUGGGGCACGAUGACCGAUGAGGAGAAGACCCGUCUCAGUGAAGACAUUCGUGUCAUAUUGGACCGCAAAGCCGGUGAACUUGCCCUCGUCAAAGAGGCUAUUGAAAUCCGCAUCCUGGGUCAUUACCCUGAAUUCAUGCGCCGAUCUGCAGUGGACAAGCCAGGUCGUCCUUCAUACUCAAGCGACAUCUACAUGUGGAUGGCUGUCGGCUUUUUCCGUCAAUGGUUUUCUCAAAACAUCUCCGACGAUCGCACGCGCCGCGCCCCCGAUGGAGGCCUCAAUUUCUACGCCGCGCUUCAUGAGGGCGGACAAGCCUAUCUAAGCCACAUGGACUUCCAAGAGUUCCACAAGUAUUUCCCCAUGAGCAUCAAGGCGUGCCAUGUGCUUGAGGCAAACAUGGGCGUCCUCAAAGAAGACGUGAAGCGAUUUGUGGAUGAUCUCAUGAUCGAACGCACUCACUUGAAGAGAGACGAGCACGAGAUCCACUGGUUGACCUGUGCGAAAAUCGAAAAGGAGGACAUGCCAUGGCACAAACCAGAUCACACUGCCAACCCAACCGAUGCACUUCAGAGCCUGUACAACGCCAUGGACGAUGAGCAAGCCACCAUGCGGUCUUCGGGCAGUGCCGACAGCGGCGGUAAGCAGAAAGGUCGUGACAGCAGCACCAGCUCGCGACCAAAGAAGCGUGCCAGACUCGACGAAGAUGAUGGUGACUACUAUGACCAGUCUCCGAGUACUUUGUUCGUCAGCCCAACUGGAUCUGACGUGAUGGAGGAAUGA